AUGGGAAAGAAGGAGAAGUCGAAAGCCAAUGCAAGAGAGCACGAACAAGUCGGCGAAGCAACCGACAAUCUCGACGGCGCUUCCACGCCAUCACUCGUGUUCAGUAGCGAUGAUGAUGAUGACGAAGCCAAUCAAGAUCUGAGUCUCAGAAUCGUUGAAAAGGCCCUACGAGCGCGAGAGGCAAAGCUUGCAACAAACGACGCCGUUUUAAACGACGUUGAUUCUUCUCUUGUUUCGCCAUCGCAGCAAUCUGAAUUCAAGGUGAUGCAAAGCGACGGCGUUUUGGAUGGGUCGAGUGGGAUCACUGCUUGGGAAAUGAUGGAAGAGAAGAAAACGACGAAGCUAAUGGUGGACUCUGGGUUUUCAAGUGUUAUUGUAGCUGCAGAUCAAGAGGUGGAAGAGAUAAUCAAAACUACAGAGAACCGUGAGUCCGUGGAUCUGGAAGCAAGUUCGGGUCAGAUAGGCGACAAUGUGGUUCUGCGAAAGCUGCUUGUGAGUUGAUAUAUUUGAUCUGAAAUGUGAUUGAUUGAUUUUCAAAAUACUGUAAGCUGAGGAAUGCUUAGUUGGGUAUAUCACUUCAUGUUUCUUUUCUAUCA